AUUGUACCUUGGUUUCCAAGCUAUAGCAGUCGAAGUGAAACCAUGGCUCAAAUCAGGAAGAUGGAUUGCCAAGUAGUGAUCAAAUCAUCGGCUGAAAAGUUGUACGAUGCCUUCCGCACCAAGGCCCCGUUUCUACCGAAGAUGUCGAACGGAUUAAUAGCCGAUGUAAAACUUCUUCAAGGUGAUUGGAACUCCGUCGGCGCUGUCAGACUCUGGUCUUAUGUUUCCCAAGGUAAGUCUCAGGAGGUUAAAGAGAUAAUCGAGGACGUGGACGAAGAAAACAAGAGAAUGGUCUUCAGAUUGGUGGAGGGUGAUCUACUGCAGUCUUAUGAUAACUGGAGGAACAUCCUUAACAUCAGCCCGACCGGUGAGGGAACCUUGGUGAAGUGGACGAUGGAGUUCGAGAAACAGAACCAGGACAUCCCUGAUCCUGUCGAGUAUGCUGCAAGCCUGAUCGCCUUGACCCAAAAUAUCGAUGCCUAUUUUCUUAAUGCCUACAGCUCUUAAGUAUAUGAUAAAUAAGUUCUCUUAUGAUGGCAA